CUCCAGAAACUAAAAGGUCAUCCAAUCUGCUUGUCCACCAACCAUCCCCCUUCUCACCUUAUCCAUUCAUCAUCUUUCAUCCCCAUUCAUACAAACCUCCCCAUUUGAGUUCCCUUCAUCUUUCCACCUGCACAAACCACUAACCCCAUCAGAAAAUAAGAAAAAUUGCAGCAAUGGCAGCAGCCUCCGCCACUGUCUCCCCAGCAAUGGUUGCUGCCACCACAGUGGCCAAAUCAAGGAGGAGGAUGUCAUCAGCAAACAACGUGACUUACCUAACAGGACUCAAUGCCUUCUCUGGACUCAAAGCUCAGAGCAGUGUGGCCUCCCUUGGCCUCCCACGGACCACUGAGCACUCCUUUGCUAGGGUUGUGAGCUCCUUGAGAGCCCCAUCAAAGGGUAACGGCAGUGGUGGUGGUGGUGCACUGUCGUCCACCUGCAAUGCUGUUGGUGAGAUUUUCAAGAUUGCUGCCAUCCUCAAUGGACUCACUCUUGUCGGAGUUGCGGUUGGAUUCGUGCUUCUUCGGAUCGAAGCCGCGGUUGAGGAGGCAGCUGAGGCUGAGUAACAAGAGUUUUCAGAUGUCUUUUUGAUUAGGUUGUUCUCUGUUUGCAUUAUAUCAUCUCUCUUUCAAAAAUACUUCCAUUUUAUAUAGCAAUCGUUAAUAUUUUCA